AUGGACUCGGACGACGAGGAGGCACUUGUCGCGCUGCUGGCAGAGGAACAUCUCAUGGUCCUCGCCACCCUUGCCGGCCUGCUCGCGAGAACUCACAGUGACAUCAAUGUGUUGCAGUGCUCCCCUGUCUUUGCCAAGCUUGUUAAAGGUCAUUCUCCUCCAGUGAACUUGGAGGUCAAUGGGCGGCACUACAAUAAGGUGUACUACCUAGCUGAUGACAUCUAUCCGAGAUGGUCGACAUUUGUGAAGACUAUAUCAAACGUUGUGCCAGGAGAAUUGCACACUGGUGAUGAUAAGCUGUGGCGAGAAGCAGAGGAGGUGUGCCGCGAGGAUGGACCCAUGACUGACCUCUGCGGGUUUGCCACCUCACCAAGGUCUCAUUCCUUCAUGGGUGUAGCUGGGCCACCUUCUCCAUUGACCAACACUAGCACCAUCAGAGCCAGUGAAGACCGGGAGUUGGAGAUGCCAUACGACCACGGCCGGGUGCAGCGAGCCAUCUCUGGCGAGCUCACGACGCUGCACACGUCGGCAACUACAACAUCAAGUUCUAUGGCGGUGACAGAAUACGAUCUUGAAGCAGAGGAGUAUGUGCCAAUUCCCAAAGGGGAAGUCCACAAGAAAAAAGAAAUAGUGCAGGACGUUACACUGCAUGACCUUGACGCCGCAAAUGCCCAGCCGCAAGGAGGCCAAGAUAUUUUGUCCCUUAUGGGCCAGAUGAUGAAGUCACGGAAGACUGAAAUCACUGAGAAGCUGCGCCAAGAGAUCAAUAAGGUGGUUAACAGAUAUAUUGACGAAGGUAUUGCAGAGCUUGUACCUGGUGUGCUGUUCAUUGAUGAGGUUCACAUGCUGGACAUUGAGUGCUUCUCUUAUCUUAAUCGUGCUCUUGAGAGCCCAUUAUCGCCAAUUGUAAUACUUGCUACAAACAGAGGAAUAUGUACUGUAAGGGGAACUGACAUGACAAGUCCCCAUGGUAUCCCAGUCGACCUCCUAGAUAGGUUGGUUAUCGUACGGACACAGAUAUAUGGCCCUAUCGAGAUGAUCCAGAUAUUAGCUAUUAGAGCACAAGUGGAGGAGAUUGAAAUUGAUGAAGACAGUCUUGCAUUUCUAGGAGAGGUUGGGCAGCAGACAUCUUUGAGACAUGCUAUUCAGUUGCUAUCACCUGCUAGCGUAGUUGCCAAGGCUAAUGGGAGAGACAAGAUCUGCAAGGCUGAUCUCGAAGAAGUUCGUGUUCUGUAUUUGGACGCAAAGUCCUCUGCUCAGUUGCUUCAUCAUCAGCAGGGAAGUUACAUCACCUAAAUUACCCUUGCACAAGAAUUCUCAGCUGUCGGCUCAGGUGACUGGACUGUCUUCCCCUACCUUGACUUGGCAAGCAGGCGCUGACUUCAAGAGCACAGUUGGGGGCAUUAUUUUUGUAGCAGGUGCACUCUGGACUGGACUUCCAUUGGUUCAAGAGGACAAUUUGAUUCUGGUCUAUGGCUUCUGUUUGCUGAUUAGAUUUAGAUUAUGUGUAGGGAUUACCGGGCAUCUUCGUUGCCCUUGCUAAUUAAUGGUUAGAUCUCGUUUCCCCCCUUACGACUACCAGUCACCCUUGGAUGUAUCAGGUCGUGAUUCGUUUAUGGUAGAACUGGAAUUUCUUGGAUUAUGUCUCGUGUUAAGACCGACUCAACUUGUUGAGCAUUUGUCAUUGCACGUUGCCUUGCUCACUUGAGCUCAGUAACGUAUUGAGUUGUGCUGUAA